GUCCUGACAUUUGGGGGAUAUCUGUACCGUCCUGACAUUUGGGGGAUAAACUGUACUGUCCUGACAUUUGGGGGAUAUCUGUACUGUUCUGACAUUUGGGGGAUAUCUGUACUGUUCUGACAUUUGGGGGAUAUCUGUACUGUCCUGACAUUUGGGGGAUAUCUGUACUGUCCUGACAUUUGGGGGAUAUCUGUACUGUCCUGACAUUUGGGGGAUAUCUGUACUGUUCUGACAUUUGGGGGAUAUCUGUACUGUCCUGACAUUUGGGGGA